AUGUUGCGAUUUUUUGUACUUUCGAUUUUUUUUUUGUCGGUGUGUCAAUGUGACAAUUUGGAAGAACAAUUGAACGUAUUGAGUCAACAGGUGUCAGUUUUGCUGGAAAAACGUGAUGAAGAUUUGAAAAUUAUUGAAGAAAAUAUGAAAAGGAAAUUAUUCGAAAAGUUGGAGCUACCAGGGUUUCAAGAUGAAAUCAAAAAAUUAAGAACAGAAAUAGAUCUUCUUAAAAGUGGAAGCAACACUGAAGAAAUUCAAAGCAUAUCGCAGGAAAAAAACGACAAAUUGUUAGUGAAGUGGCUUACCGAGGCUGUAAAGGAAUUGAAGCUGGAACUUCUCGAAGUUCAGGGCACUUUAAACACCACCACCAUCCUGGAAAAUCAUGAAGUACUGGAUACCGAUAUCAACCUACUGAAAACUAAUGUUGACAAUUUGAACAAAGAGCUGGAAAAAAGCAAAAACGCCAACAUCAAGAACCAGGCUGAAAUACUGAAUCUUAAAGAGGAGAUAUCGUCAUUGAAAGAAAAUUACAAAGUCACUUCAGUGGUGUGCGGGAAAACGAAGAACCAGUUGAAGGCACUUCAGCUGGAAUGGGCUGGGAAUUUCAAGAUCCUAACGGAGAAACCCAGUUUAACUUUGGAUGAGCAUCACAACAGGCAUAACAGAGUUCUAAAGGAACAUGUUAUAUUGCUGGAGAAGAAGUCUAAACUAACCUCAAGAGAAAACUAUACGCUAAAAAAACGCUUGUACAGAUUGGAAAAAGCAUUUUCCACAAUGAAACAUUCAUACACAAAGGAAUUAUCAAAUGAAGUAUCUGAGGAACCGAGAUUCAAUCACAUAGAAGAAAUAGUUAGAAACAUAUCAAAGGACAAUGAAGCAAACAAAAAAACCAUCAGGAACCUAACAAGCCAGCUAACAAACUUUGACAAACUUCAUUUAUCGAUGUUAGAAUUACUGGAAAAUGUGGAAAACGUGGAAAGCAAGAUUGACAAAGCAGUUCCAGACUUUAGAAAGGAAAUUUCCAAAGUUGAAGUUCAGUUCUACCAAGAACUGUCGAAUGUGAACAUCUUAAGGGAAGAUUUUAAAAACACCAAGCUAGCUGUCAAAGCUAUAAGCACUAGCGUGUCAAAUCUACAGGAUAAAUUUAAGUUAGAGGAUACAUUUGUGAAGGAAAUCAACAUGCAACUCGUAAGUUUGAAGAAGUUAGCCAAUCAGCACUCUGCAAAGCUCCAUGGGCAUAUUUUGGCGAGUGAAAAAUCGGGAGCAAACUUGACAACCACUAAAGACACAAUACAUUUAGUUGAUGAACUGGAAUCGUUCGAGAAUGGUUACAAGAAUAUGAUCAACAAACUCUCAAAGGAUUGCUCUACAGUUCUAGGGCCUAAAGGUGUAUAUUUAAUAUCACCUAACAACGAAAAACCUGUUUUGGCACACUGUAAUGAAGGCUGGACCACCAUACAGAAAAGAUACGACGGCAGCAUCAACUUCAAUAGAAACUGGACUACGUAUACACAAGGUUUCGGAAACAUAGAUUCAGAAUUCUGGCUGGGCAACAAAAAUAUACAUCACCUAACGAAAAACAACUGCACAUCUCUAAAAAUCAACAUGGAGGACAUCUAUGGCAACCACUGGGAAGCCAACUACGAUACCUUCGUGGUCUCCAGCGAACAAAAUGGCUUCAAGCUACAAAUAUCGAACUUCACUGGAAAUGCUUCGAACGCUUUUGACUACCAAAACCAAAUGGAGUUUUCCACCAUAGAUAACGAUAGAGAUAUAUCUAACACCCAUUGUGCAAGAAAUUACGAAGGAGGUUGGUGGUACUCCCACUGUCAACAUGCCAACCUCAACGGAAGAUAUUCCCUAGGUCUCACAUGGUUCGACAACAUUCGCAAUGAAUGGAUAGCUGUAUCAAAAACAGAACUCAAAAUUAAACCCAGACUUAACUGUCAAUAACUCCAUCAAUUAUCAAGCGAUUUUAACAAACCAAAAAACAAAAUGAACCUUGAUGAACAGGCUUUAAUACAACAUUAAUUAAUGUGAGAUAUCUCGAGGCGUCUUCGAGAUAUAUCGCGUAACGUCAACCCAUGUCACUGUGACUUUAAACACGUAUAAUUUUUUUAUGUUCUAAUAUUUGUUAUAUUAUUUUACAAAAAUUAAAGCCUGUUUACUAAGCUUUAAAAUAAAGUAGUAAAAUCCAAAAUAUCUCAAACACUUUUCGAGAUAUCGCGCAAAAUAUCCCGUCCAAAUAACGUCAAAAAUUUAAACCAAAGAUAAUUUAAGUUUCCAUUCACAUGGUGUUCAAAAAUACUGUGUAAUGGUUGUAUAUAUUUAAUUUAUUAUUUUUGCCAUAAUAUACCCGAAAACCAAAUGUAUUUUUAUGUUAGUAUCUUAAGGUUUUGUAUAUAAAUAAAAUAAAUGUUAGUUUCUUAUUUUAAGUUUUUUUCUUUGAUUUAAGUAAUUCUUCGUAUAUUUUGCAGAAAUUUUUUUCUUGAGGUUUUAUUUCGUAAUUUUCUUCGUUCGAAAGUUUGUUUAAUUUUUUUUCUUCCGCUGAAAUAGGACAUUUUUCUGUUGUAGUUGUUUCCGUUGAAGAAUGUUGCGUAAUUUUUGACGCCAUCUUUGAUGAUGUUUCUUCUUUUUCUUCAGUUGUUUCUUCGGGAGUUAAAUCGUUAUCUAGAUCAAUAUUUUCCGUAAAAUUUGUUUGCGUGUUUAAAUAAUCACUAUCUGUAAUGGUACUUUCUUCAUUUUCAUUUGGUGUAUUCUUCUCAUAAUUCUCUUUUUUUCCAAUCAGUAUGAAAUCUAUAUUGUCCGGAAACACUGGGGUAACUUCUUCAUCAAAAAUAUUCAUCAAAAUGUCAUUGAAUCUGUUGGAAUUUUUUUCCACAUAAACACCCAUAUCUUCAUUUUCUUUAGCGGCAUCAAAAAGUUCGCGCUUGUUUAAAAUAAUCGGCAAGUUUUUACCGGUUAUUUCGAUAAUAAAAAACACGAUGAUUUCUACUAUAAUGGGAAUUUUUUUCGUUAGGUACGGGAGUUGAAAGUGCAUUUAACUGUCAAAAU